AUGGCGGGUCAUAACCGCGAUUCAACAGGGCAGCUCGAACAGACCGGUGCCGGGGCCGGCUCAACCUGGUUAGAGGCCAAGGCGGGGCCUGCGGUCGUGACGACGGAGGCAGCCGGCGACUCUGAGGUGAUUCAGAGCCCGACGUGGCUGAAACUUGCCACGUCAGCAGCUGGCUCCUCCCACUCUCCCCCAUUUUCUGUCCCACCCUCGUCGCCGUCAGCGCCGCCAACCCCGCCGCACGCGAGGGCCUCGCCGCGCCGCCGCACGCUUCGUCCUCGCCGCGCCGCCGCACGCUUCGGCCUCGCCGCCGCUGCACACGAAGACCGCGCCGCCAACCCCGCAGCACGCGAGGGCCUCGGCGCGCGCCGCACGCGAAGGCCUGGCAGCCGUUGCACACGAAGACCGCGCCGCCGCCCACUCCUUUCUCUGCCCGCGUCGGAAGAAGACAACCAUUUCUCUCUGCCAUCAAUGGAUACUCUCUGCUAUGGAUUUGAAGCAGAGGACAUCGCACGUAGGGUCCGAAUUGAGCCGGGCCAGGACAUGUGUGACUUUCUGUAUUGGCUAGAUGAUGAGUGGCCUGAGCAAAUGCAAAGGGCAUUGCAGAGAAUGUGGGCUAGGCUAGAAGCAAAAUUUGAAGAGGAGCAUAGCAAAAUCUGGGUUCUUUUCAAUGAAGAGAAGAGGAAGAGGAAAGAGGCGGAAGGGAAGAAGAAUGUAUCAAUAAGAAAAUCAAAAUGGCAGUUGCUGCAUUUGCUGGAGGAGUUUUAGUUUCUGUUUUCCUGUUUAGGCUUUGAGUGUUAUGAGUAUUUAUGUAUCUGGUGGAAGAGAACAUGUGGUAUUUGAGAUUAAAUACAAUUCAAACAUGUGGUA